AUGGAAAAGUCCAAUCUCAUCAUCAACUACUUACCUGCUCAUAUACAGGAGAACGACCUUGCCGAGAUGUGCGAGCCCUUCGGCCCGUAUCAGUCGGUCAAAAUAGUACGCGAUAAAAACACAGGAAUGUCGAUGGGCUUCGGCUUCGUAAAUUACGAAGAGAACGCAUCGGCUGAGGCUGCAGUGAAAAAACUCAAUGGCUUAGAGCUUCCGCAGCACCCUGGAACCUGGCAUGGCUCUGGGUAG